UGGGUGCAGUGCGGCCCUCUCCUCUCGCACCUCAGCCCAGGGCGCAGUGCGGGGACGGGGAGCAGCCCAGUCCUGGCCCUGGGGCGCAGUGCGGGACAGGGGCGGGGAGCAGCCAGCCAGGCCUGGCCCCGGGGCGCAGUGCGGGGCGGGGGCGGGGAGCAGGCAGCCAGGCCUGGCCCCGGGGCGCAGUGCGGGACGGGGGCGGGGAGCAGGCAGCCAGGCCUGGCCCCGGGGCGCAGUGCGGGACGGGGGCGGGGAGCAGCCAGCCAGGCCUGGCCCCGGGGCGCAGUGCGGGGCGGGGAGCAGCCAGCCAGACAAGGCGUGGGGAGCACCGGCCCCACUGAAGGGUGGCAGUGCUAGUGGCCACUCGAUUCCCGUGGCGCAUGGCGUGCGUAGACUCCCUGCUGCUGCUCCUGUAGCCAGCUCCCUGGGAGCCCCGCACCCGCCACCUGCCCACCGGGGAUGGCUCGAGCCCCUCCGCAGCGUGUGCUGGGGUCCCCCAGGGGCCUGUGCUUUGCGCGGCUGAGCCCACGGCUGGGUGGCCUGCAGCACGGGAGCUGCCGAUCCCGUCCCCUCUGGAGUCGGAGGGGCUCCCCGAGCCCGGAGAGCUGCUGUGGCUUGCUGGCAGCUUGGGCACAGCUCCCCGGAGGGAGGUGCAGGGCACAGGUCCCGGCGCCUCCUCUUGGGCAGCCGAGUGGAGUGUGUGUAUGCGAGGGGGGGUCUGGCCGCUCUCCUUGCUGUCGCACCGGGCCAGGCUGUGCUGCUGAGUCGGGGGGCUCAGAUGCUGGGGGGGGCUGGAAAGGGGCAGCAGCCCCAGGCCACACUCCCACGCGGGGGACGCAGCGCUGCUGGGCAUGCUCUGCUCAGACACUGCCGUGCUGCUGCCACCACUGCUGCUGGGGGCGGGGGGGGCCCUCCAUGGCCACCUGCUGGGGCCAGGCUGCUCCACCCCCCUCCCUGUCCCUGCCGCCAGGUGCUUCCAGCAGCUUCUCCCCUCGGGUCCUGUUGGGCUGCCCCCCUCUCCCCCGGCACCCUGUGUCCACAGCAGGAAGGUGCCGCUGCCUGCUGCCCUCUAAUGCCCGUUUGUCUCUCUUUUGUCCCCCUGUCGUGCCCUCCCCUGUCCCUGUUGGCCCGCGGUGUCUGCACCAGAGGAAGCUGCGCUGGGAUAUAGCGGCCCUGGCCUCUGCCCACCAAGGGCAGCCGCUGCCCAAGUCACUGAGUGUCCUCGAGAGCACGCCGCAGGUGCGAGGCAUGCACACCAUCAUCAGGAACAAGGACACAACCAGAGAUGAAUUCAUCUUCUAUUCCAAGCGCCUGAUGAGGUUGCUGAUUGAACAUGCCCUCUCCUUCCUGCCACUCAACCCAGUGACGGUGGAGACGCCUCAGGGGACUGUGUAUGAAGGGAAGCGGUUCCACAGGCAGCGGAUCACAGGUGUGUCCAUCCUGCGGGCGGGGGAGACCAUGGAGCAGGCGCUCACUGCUGUCUGCAAAGACAUUCGACUGGGCAAGAUUCUGAUCCAGACCAACCACGACACAGGGGAGCCUGAGCUUCACUAUCUGCGGCUCCCCAAGGAGAUCAGCGAAGAUUAUGUCAUCCUGAUGGACAGCACCGUGUCCACGGGGGCUGCAGCCAUGAUGGCCGUGCGCGUCCUGCUGGAUCACGAUGUCCACGAAGAGAAGAUCUUCCUGCUGUCCCUGCUGAUGGCGGAGAUGGGGGUUCACUCCGUGGCCUACGCCUUCCCCCGUGUCCGCAUCAUCACCACAGCCGUGGACAAGAGGGUCAACGAGGAAUUCCACAUCAUCCCUGGCAUCGGUAACUUUGGAGACAGGUACUUUGGUACUGAUGCCCCCUCCGCCUGGUGUGAGAGUGAGAGCACGGACUACUGAGCUGGCCUCCCUGCCUGCCAGCCUUGCCCCCACUGCCUCCUCCCUCCCUCCAGCCUUGCCCUUCUGCUCCCCCAGGAUGGCCCCACCCUGCUGGCCUCACAGGGCCCUGAUGCUACUUCCCUCUGGACCACAUGCUGUCGGGCGGGCAGCUAUUUGGAAACUGCCCACCAGUGCCUCCAGUGUGCAUGCAAGGCAGAGACUGCCUGUGGCCUGCAGUGUCCGCACGCUGGCUACACACUCCUCGUGCCUCCCUCUGGUUGGUGGGUGGAGCGGGAGUCAGAUUCUCCCUCUGGCCCCACAUGGAUGUGGGUGCAUGUGGAGUGGUGGAGGUGGUAAGGGACUCUCCCUAUGGCCUGGAAGGGGCGAGGUGAGGCCCGUGCACUGGCUGGGGCAGGCACUCUGUUUAUUUGCUCAGAGCAGUUACUCCCCCCAUGUUCCAGCUCAUGGGCCAGCUACUUGAAAAAUUGUCAGGGACCAAGGAUCAAAUGGAAGGGAACAGCCCCGUCUCCCUCAACCCCCAGCUCUACUCUUCCCCUCCCCCCCCCUCCCCAGUGCCCUGAUAGUCCUGAAUGUGGGGCAGGGCCCUGGGGCUCUUUAGCCUGGAGCAGUCUGGUGCUGGAAGGGAUCUAGGGCUGGUGCAGAAUAGGAGGUGCCCUCGCAUUCCAGCGCACGGGCCAGGUUCAUGAGUCUGGCAGCUCUGUCUUCUGUGGGGCGCUGGCCAUGGGUGGGCGGUCAGGGCCAGCUCUGCUGGAGACGCUCAGCCUGUCCGGGAGGCAGGUGGGGGAUUGCAGUUCAUCCCUCCACGGGUGUGGGCUUGGGAGGAGACCCUGAGCUCCUUCCUUGACUCCUGUCUUGUGCUCAGGGCAGGAUAGCUACUUGUCGUAGAAGCUGCUCCAAGGGGGAGCACGGCAAGGCGUUCUUAACGUGUUUCACCAUCCCCCCCUCCGAGCCCCUCCCCGCAAUGCUGCCUCCUUGCCCGGGGCAUGGGGAGACGGCUGCUGUGCCAGCGCUGGCUCAUCCAUUACUUCAAUGCACAGGAAAUCAGGACCACAGAGUGGGACAAGAGGAUUUCCGUCUCCUCGGAGAGCUGGUUUCAGUGGGGUCUCCCAUGGCCACGCACGGUGCUAGAAGCCAGAGGCUGCCUCGUGUCUUGCUGGGGCUGUGGGCCCGGGCCCAGGAAUGGUGGCAGCGGCACGCUGGUGGGGCAUGCGUUUCUUGGUCCUGUACUGAGACUGGCAAGGGCACGCGAGGCUUCUGCAGGAUCUCUUCAGCCCGCCUGACAUGCCUGGGAAAGGGCAGAUGCCCCAGCGCCUGGUUCCUGCAAGCAGCUCUUCGCCAGCCCCGGGAGCGGGCGCCCCCUGCUCUGCCCGUGCAAUGCUGUACAGGGCGGCCUUCCUUGUGUUCGCACUAAUAAAGGGUCUGCCCGGA